UCAUGCCAUGCAUUUAAGGCUGUGCUUGCGAUGGGUAAGCCGGUCACUUCUAUUUUUUUCUGGUGUCCCACUCGACUGCCGGCUUUUAUGUAUCCGAACCAUUGUUCAGAAGUGGAACAACACCCAUACUAUGGCUGUGUUCAUUUACUAUAUGAUGGCAUCCGCGGCAAGAGUCCGAUCAUCAUGCCUGUGAUGGCAACUUGGCGCCACCCCAAUUCUGCAUUUUCGCCUUCGUGAAUGAAUGAUUAUGUGCCUUGAGGCCACUUAAAUUUGCCGCAUGCCGGUCCUCCAUUGUGCAUGCGGAGUUCAUACCGUGACGAAGUCCAUUGAACUUGAGAAUCGUGAUUAUCAUCGGGGAAUUCGGACCAUGUGUCUUGACUCUGAUGACUAUAAGAAUGGCCUGGUAAAUGCAAGGUUUGCCAUCAAAAAGUUCUACACACCGUCCCAUUUCGAGAAACACAACUCGUUCAUUUGUGCACUCACCUUCGCGACGAUGACGAUUUCAGGCAACCUAAAAACUGGGACCUACACUCUUCGGAAUGCUAGUACAAAUGACUUUGUCGUUGUACAAGGCCCCAAAACUGCUGCCCUGGUAACAAGCAACGAUGGUCGGGCAGAGAAUGCCGCAUGGGUCCUUGAAAAACUCAGUGGGCAUUACGACAAGUACAACAUCAGAAAUUUCGCGCAAAACUCAUAUGCCACUGUCAACACUGUGCAAAAAAGAAGCGCUGCACUCACCUGUGGGCGCGAGGUGUGUCCUUGGAGCAUCAGACCAACUGGAUACGGAACAUAUGUGUCUGUCUUCCAUCAGCUGAGUUUAUUACGUCUUAUCUAACAGACGCACAUGUACGUCCAGGAUAUCACCACACUCAGAUGCUUCGCUGUUUUGGAGCCUGAAAACGUCCGGGGAUCACUCACAG